AUGAUAUCUAUAAAACAGAAUGUUAAGAAGUUUUCUGUUAAUCCAGUUGAACAGAACGCUGUCAAAGAAGAAGAUCUACUUGAGCAAACUGAAUUCAAUGGUCAAACUGGAGGUUUAUCCGUCGAAAGUAUCGGCUGUGGUGGUGUGACGUACAGGAUACAACUAGAUUGUCGUGCAUAUUUGAAACCGACAAGGGAAAUCUCUCCUUCAAAUGUAUUUUGUCAAUUGAAUGGAUGUGAACUGAAGCCUCCAACUGUUACUCCAACUGACAAAACGCAGGUGAUUGCAGACUGUUCAACUUGUGAAAUUCAACAACCAGCUAACACUGCGACAAGAUAA